CAAUUUUCUGAGCUCCGGCAGGCCUGAGCGGGACAUCGAACAUCUGACAUCUUACUGACAGAGAUUCGUCGGCAGGAUAUCCCCCAAGACGGCCUCCUCCCUUGCGCAAAAUAGAUAUGGCCGCCCGACCUGUGCUGCGCACAGCUGUACGAGCUGUACGAGUACUACCACAAUCUGGACCUUCUCGUUCCUGUUCUUCUUCGCGACAUGUAAGACUAUUCAGCACGACCCCACGCUCUUUCAAAUCCCCGUCCGACCAUGCCACAUCGACAUCCUCGUCCACCGACCGCACGACACACUUUGGCUUCGAAGAUGGCAUUAGCGAAGCCGAGAAGACGGAGCGCGUGGCGGGCGUCUUCCACAGCGUCGCUGAAUCUUACGACCGCAUGAACGAUUUGAUGUCCUUCGGCGUCCAUCGACUCUGGAAGGACCACUUCGUAUCCUCCCUCAACCCGGGCUCCUCCUCCUCCAUACCUCCCAAACCCCAGCAUAUCCUCGACAUCGCCGGCGGCACGGGCGACAUCGCCUUCCGCAUGCUGCACAACGCGCACACCAUCCACCGCAAUACCUCCGUCCACGUAACCAUCUCCGACAUCAACCCCUCCAUGCUCGCAGUUGGCAAGCAACGCUCUCUUUCUCUCCCGCCCUCCCAACAAUCCGCCCUCUCCUUCCUCCCCGCCGACGCCACCGCCCUCCCGGCCUCCAUCUUGCCAAAUAGCAUCGACCUCUACACCGUGGCCUUCGGCAUCCGCAACUUCGCCAACAUCCCGCUCGCCCUGCGCGAAGCGUACCGCGUUUUGAAACCGGGCGGAGUGUUUGCGUGUCUUGAGUUCAGCAAAGUGGAAAACCCGGUGCUCGACGCUGUGUAUAAGCGCUGGAGCUUUAGCGGGAUUCCGUUGAUUGGACAGUUGGUCGCGGGCGAUAGGGAUAGUUACCAGUACCUUGUCGAAAGCAUUGAGCGGUUUCCGAGCCAGGGGGAGUUCCGCGAUAUGAUUGUUGAUGCUGGUUUUGUGGUCGGGGGCGACGGGUAUGAAAAUCUGACUGGGGGUGUGGCAGCUAUACAUAAGGGGAUGAAGCCGUUGGAUGGUUGAAUGAACGAAACGGCAAGUGUGAAAAGGGAAAACUGAAAUAGAGGAAGGAAGGAGAUGUAUGUACGAGUAAACGUUACAUACAAUAUCUAUGGUGACAGCCAGCAAUGGACAAAACGCAGGAAGGGAAACCCAAUCGCUGUACAUUAAACACAUGGGCAUGCAUGCAUGGCUUGACGCUGAGGACUACUGAACUGACUAGAUGACACAUCUCACUGGGACUGUGGUUCCAUGGCGGCAUGUUUGUUUGUCUUCUUUUCCAUUGUCAUCUUUCUCAAUCACCUGGGCCUUGAACUUGGAUCAAGGCCUCGCAAUAUAUCCUCUUUUCGAAGCAACCAAUUUGAUAACUUAUGAUAACAAGAUGAGAUGCUUCGCUUCUGGGACGUGGUAAGGAUGGCAAUAUGUUCAUGAUUGAAACAGUGGACUUGCGGUUGCUUUGACGACGGUCACAUUGAAUCGACCU